GAGUCACAAUCAUCUUCUCACCUGGACGAGACACACCUGUGGGAUCACCAUGUUCACGAAGGUGGCUACACUGUUGGUGGCGGCGGCGGCGCUGGGCGUGGUCUCGGCCCAUCCAUCAGACUCUUACGGAACUCCACAGACGUACAAGGAGGACCCCAUCCCCUACACCUUCCAGUACGGCGUGCGGGAUGACUACAGCGGCGCCAACUUCGGCCAGAACGAGGAAUCCGACGGCAAGCAGACGUCAGGCUCCUACCAGGUGGUGCUGCCCGACGGACGAAUCCAGACCGUAAACUACGUCGCCGAUCACUACAACGGCUUCCAGGCUGACGUGAGCUACAAGGGCGAGGCUCAGUACCCACACCAGUACGGCCCCGCGAUCACCUUCAAGCCCGCCUACGGUGCCCCGUCCUACAACCCCCCCGCCCCCUCCUACAGCCCCCCCGCCCCCUCCUACCACUACAUCACAGUCUCUCCACUCCUCCACACAACAACAACUAAUACAACAAAAAACAACAAGAUGAAUAAGGUCCUGGCCGUUCUCCUGGUGGUGGUUGGCUCCGCGUUGGCCUUCCCCUCAGACCCCUACCACCAGCCCACCUACAAGCCCGAGCCCAUGCCCUACAACUUUGCCUACGGCGUGAAGGACGACUACGCCGGCACAGACUUCGGCCAGAACGAGAACAGCGACGGCAACAACGUGAAGGGGUCCUACCAGGUGGUGCUGCCCGACGGCCGUAUUCAGACCGUGAACUACGUCGCCGACCACUACAACGGCUACCAGGCUGAGGUGUCUUACAAGGGCGAGGCGCAGUACCCCCACGAGUACGGCCCACCCAUCACCUUCAAGCCCCAGGGAUACGGCCCCCCCGCGCCAUCCUACUCCGCGCCCGCCCCAUCCUACGGCCCCCCAGCCCCCUCAUACAACUAGCCGGACACCAAAGACCCCAGUAGACCCCUUUAGCCCUCCCUGAUGCCCUUAGAUACCUGUCCCAAAGCCCUAGUCACGUGUACAGUGUUUUAGUAAAGUUUGCUCAGAUAUA